AUGGCAACCGAAAUGACACCCUCCUCUGGUCCAGACAUGGCUGUUGACCCCGCUUCCGCACAAGGCGCUCAGAUUCCUCUGCAGUCCUUCAACCUUCCUGACUUUCCUCCAUCUGCAUCAGGUUUACGAGCCUUGACCUUGACCAGCGACAUCAAAGUCGACGAAUACCAAGCUGAGCUUGACAAGCCGUAUUCAAUCCCAGAGCUUCCAAGCAGCAUUGAGUCGCUCACACUCGAACUGUUCUCUCUGGGCUAUCCAGCCGGCUUCCUGACAGCUCUCUCCGAGCGUCUGCCCAACCUGAAGAGUGUGGUCAUAUACUCGCAGCUGUUUGCUGGCAUCUCAACGGAAAGUCAAAAAGAUGCAGUGGCCUUCUUCAAGAACCUGCCAAACCUCAGGGCGUUGCAUUUGCUGGAUGUCUUUGCCAAAGCACAUUUCUUCGAAGACGUCAGCAAAUGGCUAAAGUACAACACGUCUGAAGUACCUGGCGAGGCGAGACGGGGUUUGAUGUUUCUCGAAGUCAACUAUACAUUCCGACAUGAGGAUGAAGAGUUCAUGGCCAAGAUUCAGGCCACUGAACUUCCCAUGCUCAUCGGUCCGGGUCUGAUCAGUUGUUCAUUCAACUUGAGCGAACCUGAAAGUGCGGCAGACGAUGAAGACGAUCCAGCUACGAUUCAGGGAGCUGGAGACAAGGAGGGCAUCAUGGCCUUCAACAAAUCUCUCGCCACAUAUCUGGUCGACGCACUUACAGACGAAGAGAGCAGCCCGAAGGGCCUGAGAGCACUCAACACUGCCCUCUACACUUUGACGUCUGAGCAACUUGAAAGUAUUCUGAAAGUGCAGAAGAACGUCAUGGUUCUGCAGGUGACGGCCGAGGUGGAACCCGGAGAGAAGUACAAGAAAUCACUGCUGCAAGCCAUGGAGCCGUGCAAGUCUCUCGAGCAGAUUGAAGUGUGCGCGAAUCCCACAUUGGAGUUCUUCGUUACGGUCCAGAAUCCUCGAGCCGGCGUUCUAGGGAAGACCUUCCCGUCAGCGGACGAUUUGGACGCCCUGUCGAAGACCAGCGAAAACUUGGCCAGCUUUAAAGCAAACGUUUUGCGAACCACCACUCUGGGAACCGUAGAAUGGACGAAAAAAGAUGGGAAGUGGCAAGGUGGGGUGCAGGAAGGGAAGGGCAUGAAGAGCGUCAAAGCAUAG